AUGAAGUACGCAGAUACCAAAAUACUGUCAAGGAAAAAAGAAAAUAUGAAGAUGCUGGGUGGUUUUCUACUAGCUGUCAACGUGGCAGUUACGGUAGCCGUCGUCACCACUAUUGCACGAAAAUGUAACAGACCCUACGAACACGCAAAACUCAUUUUCUCCCUUUUCUUCGGCUCUCUGAUGACGCUGCAGUUCGCUAUAUUGGAACUAGAACUGUGGUCGAGGUUCCGCUUGUUAAACGAGGAACUUAUGAAGGCUGUUCCAGUGCCACUCGCGCCGGCGUCCCUCGAAGGAGUUUCACCAUCGACAUCUGCCUGCAGACUGCGCCAGCUGUUGGAGGCGUACACUUCCCUCAGACGCGCCACACAGCUGCUGCAGAGUCACUUCGGUGCUCCCGUGGCUGUCAGCGUGGCGCAGUCGGUGUGCUGUUCCACUUGCAGCGCCUACGAAGUGCUACUGACGCAGCUGCGGCCUCAGUGGGCAGAGCAGUUGCCACUAAGUCCCUCGGUGGGCAACUCGCUCUUGUGGCUCUCCUACCACUGGCUGCGGAUGACCACGGUGUCGCUGACCUGCGCUGCAGUCGAGCACGAGGCGGCGAAUACCAGUGAACUCGUCCUGAGGGCCGCCGUGGCGUGUGAGGGCUGCUGUGCUGACCUGGAGUCUUUCUUGUUGCUCGUAACACACGGGCCACCAUUGCGUUUCUCCGCAGCCGGAUUCUUCAUCGUCAACCGCCGCCUGCUGGUCUCAGCACUAGCUAUUGUCGUUACUUAUUUAAUCAUCCUGGGACAGCUCACCCCAAAGCAGUGA